AUGGCGGCCAUCGAGCCGAUGGACUACAUCCUCGAGCAGCACAGCCUUUCCACGGUUCAGUUCCUCCUCCUGCUGGCCGUCCAUGGCACACGGAGUCCUUACGGCGCCGGGGCCUGGUCCCAGCUUCCCAGCGACAGCGUCGAGUUCUGGGACCUUACGGCUCUCGGAUCCCCGCCCUCGGGUCAGGAUCUGGCGUGGUCGAACAUGGAACCCUUCAUCCACAUCAUCAAGCUGCGCAGGAUCCAGUCGAGAAUCCACCGGUGUGCGUAUCGCGUCGACAAAGAGGUGUCGGCGUGUUCGCCGGCGGAGAGGGAGAGACUUGACGCAAAGAUGUCAGCCAUCCGGGCCGAGCUGGACGGGUGGGCGAGAGCCAUCCCACACCCUCCCAAGGACGCCGCAACCAUCACGUGGAUGUAUGAUCCCGAGAGCGCGUACCAUGACUCGAGAGACUUCUUCAACCUCCAGUAUCACAAAUCAGUGCUGUCGCUGUUCACCGUCCUCCUCCCGACGCUCGACACGUCAGACACCCGAUUCGUCACGACGGCCCGGUCCGCCGCGUGCGUGUGCACGGCGUACAAGCGGCUGAACCAGCAGAAGACGCUGAGCUACACCAUGACGGCGCUGCACUCGUGCUUCGUGGCGGGGCUGACGCUCGUCUACUGCCUGUGGCGGGACCGGUCCCUCUUCUCGUACGACGCGCUCGAGGCGACGCGGGCGUGCUCCCAGUCCCUCACCAUCUUUGGCGAGAAGUGGCCCGGCGCCGUCAAGUACCGCGAUAUCUUCGACGCGCUCUCCGGGAGCCUGUUCAAGACCAUCGUGAGCCCUGUGUCCGAGCACGGUCCGGGGCCGCGGCCGCUGAGGGUCGACUUCGCGGCGGAGCCGGUUGGAUCGCCCGCGGUAACGGUCCCGGCGGGUUCGCCGGAAGACCGGGCCCGCAGACGCGGAAGCGGAGCCGAGGAAGCAGUCGGCGACGCCGUCUCCGACGCCGUUAAAGAGGCGUUCAUGGAGGUUGACGAAGAGGCGCCCGGCGGGUGGCAGGGCUGGAGGAUGUUCAACGAGAUGGUCCAAAGUGACCUUGCCCCGGGACAAGUGGUGGGCGCCGGGGGACCCGUUACAGGACCAUGGGCCGUGGCUGCGCAGGACCCUGGAUUCUCGUCAGACUUCGGCCAGGGCGGUAUCCCCGAAACGAUGGAUUCUGACUGGGACUUUGGCGGGUUGGAAGGGCUGCGUUGA